UUUAUUUUUUUAAAAUAAAAUAUUUUAGAUAAUAACAUGGUUCGGUCCAGUUUAUUUCAGCUUGUGUUCAUGUUAUUAACCGUAUUAUACUGUACAUGCUUAGAAGUGAAAUCUUUGAUAAAAAACAGAGGUACUCUACUACGAGGUCCUGUAGAUCAUGAUGUAUCGCUGACUAUGUGGGCCUCAUGUCUAGGCUACCCUGAUGGUACUAAAUGCACUAAAAAAUGUAUAGAUUACACAUGCGAGAAGGAGGUAGCUAGAUGUUGGCAGGGGCACUGUAAGAGGUAUGGUUAUCAUCCUUGUGACGUCACAGACACGCACAGCUGUUGCUGCGGGUCCUGCUAUCAUAGUAUUAUGGAUCCAGUAAAUGAAUCAUGUUUUGGUGAUUACAUCCACGACGGUAUUGUCGACCAUGACAGUUUAGAGAAUAGAAUAAAGAAGGAGAAGAAGAAGAAUAAGGAUAAAUUCGUCAAGAUGUUGAACAAUAUACAGAGCAAGCAUGUGCAUAAAGGUGUACAUAAAGGUGUACAUAAAGGUGUACACAAUGGUGUCCGUAAAGGUGUACAUAAAGGUGUACAGAAAAAUGUACAGAAGCAAAAGAAAAACAGUCUGUAGUGGAACUUUUUAAGCAGAAAUAUUGGAAAAUUUUAUUUAUUUCUAUUCAAAAGCAAUUUUACUCAUAUGUGUUAAAAUCUCAAUUAAUUCUAUUUUCAAUGUUUCAGUACAGUGGUCCUCAAAAAUAUGUUGAAUAGGUUUUAGCAGAGUGGUUCCCAAAUAAAUGAUUUUUUUUAUAACGACACUUGUUUUUUCUCUUCUGAAAAAUUGUUUUUGAAGAAAAAUAAAUUUAAAAAGCAAAUUUUUAUUAGUUUUCACUGUGUUGACUGUUGAGGUCGUCUUACAUUUAUCACUCUGUUCGGGAGACCACUGUGUUAUUUAUUUAAUCUUAUGUUUAUAUAACGUAUUCAUGUAAAACUCAUUUUUUCGUUUUUUUAGAUCA